CGAACCCCGAGCACAUCCAUCCGCAAAGUAUUGACUCCGUGAUUAAUUGAGGCUCGAAAUUGGCGCCUCUCCAACCUCUGUCAAAAUGAUUACCAGAUUCAUCACCGAGGUGUCCACCGUCUUCAACCCUUUCUCCCCAAAGGCAAAGACCGCCCGCCUGUUCCUCUCUUUCCUCCCGCCAGAUGCGCGACAGACCAUGAAGAUCACUACAAAGUUGUUACCGAGGUCAUCGAAAGAGCCAAGCUUUGUGCAAGUAAAAUUCAAGGAUGGCAAGGAAAUAAAACUCGAUGCGGAGAAGCUAGGGAUUAAGGGGGUUGCGGAAGAGGUGAAUAGACACUCAAGAAUCUUGUCGAGGGCGGAUGAAUUGGCGAACUGAGGGAGAGAUCUGUGGCCUGGAUUGUACAUCAUUUGCAUAUGGGAGGCGUUAGUGUCCAUGUAUGUGUAGGAUAGGUUUCGAGAGCAUGGAGUUGCGGAAUAAAGAUCUCAAAUCACCAGUGACGGCUGCAAUACGCCUCCAUUUGAUCUGUCAUUGCUUCACGCCUCAUCUAAAUAGGGGUGACUUCUCAAAGGAGAGUGAUAAGUACCAACUCCAUUCGGACCCUCAAUUUCUCCAUAGAAGCACCAAAAGGUUCCCCUCG